AUGUCGCUCCCCAGCAUGUCCACGCACUGGAGCGAGGGCGACAACGGCGGCGGUAGCUUGGGCGGCAGCCGCCGCUCCCUCUCGAAAGGCAGCGCCUACCCCAACCACUUCCUCAGCCUCGACCUCAGCAGCACCAGCGGCUAUCCCGUCGGCUUCUCGCGGGACGUAACGAGCGACCGGCGUGCAACCGGCACGAACGCCAGCUUUGGUUGGCUGCAGCCCUGGCGCACACCACAGGACUGCCGCGAAGGCGGCGUGGCUCUCCUCUAUAGUAUGCAGGAGGUCUUGGAGAAUGUGCGGCAGGCGAGGAAGACAAGCAUGAGUGAGCUGUACGCCGUGCGUGCCACCGGCAGCCCGGCGGCGUCGACGACGAGCUUGUGCCAUUCUCAGCAGCUCUGUCCGCCCCGUGCAGGAACCCGUGGCAGCAGCGACGACGCCGAGGGUCGCUGCGGCAGCGUUGGCGAGAAGAGCUCCUGCAGUGCACCCGGCAGUCGCACGAGUAGUGUCGGCCGGCGCCGUCAACGCGACCGUGGUGAGCGCAACGUGUCGCUCGCAAAGGCCGUGCCGAGCCCGUGUGCUGACAGCGUACAGGGGAUCGAGCCUGCGACGACAACGGUAACACAGGCAGCCGUGGCGCAACUCGCAACGCCGCCGCGGCCUUUCUCCUCUUCGGCUCCAGUGCCCCCGAUAGUGCCGCUCAUCCCGCACUUUGCGGAGGUCAAGACGGAGCAGGAGCUGAUCCAUCAGCGUCAGCAGCAGCAGCACCCGCACCCUCGCAGCGAGGCCGCGCAGCGUCAGCGCCGCGCCUUGGCCAACUCCGAUGACGAUGACGACGACGACGACGCUGCACGCAAUCCCCACCACCCGGACGCGAGCUACCCGAGCGGCGGGUGCGACCAGACGGCGCGCCCUGGAGACUCGCGGCAUCGCCCGGGCAUGAGCGUCGAGUGGAGCUGCAGCGACAGCAACGGAGAUGGGCCGGAGUCUCCGGCGCAGCGGCGCAACGAUUCGGGUGUGUCGGCCGACGAUGAUGACGCGGACACAUCCGACGUGCAUCACGGCAAGGACGAGGCGCUAGACGAGGAGGAGGAGGAGGAUCGUCUGAGCGAGACCGACUUUGGCGAAGGUGGUCACCUCGCCUGCGUGCCAGGUGACACGCUGCACCAGCGCUACACUCUUCUCAAGGCGCUUGGUGUGGGUCGCAGCAGCCGCGUGUGGCUUGCCGUCGAUCUCGAACAGUGCUCCUUGGCGCGUUGCCAGGUUAUCCGCGAGCUCGGCGAACGCGAGGUGCGGCGCCUGUUCAGGACGCUGGAGCGGCCAAUGUUCGCCGCCAUCAAGGUGUUUCGCUGCGAUCCCGUGUCCGCCGACUGCGCCACGUACGAGCGGAAGCUCUCGUCGCUCAUCCAUGAGAACGUGACGAGGCGGAGGCGGCAGCCGCGGCACCGGCAACAACGGCGGCCUCCCACACCCGCAUCGCCUUCUGCCUCGCUGCCGUCCUCGCCGACCGCGGCGCCGGCGGCGUGCGAUGAUCACGGUGGCGAUCUCGAGGAGAGCAGCGACGGAGGAGAGAACAGCACUUCAUGGCCUCGUGACGGAGCUGCGGGCCGCAGCGACCGCGCUGACGUGGCAUCGCCUGCCUCGGCCAGCGCCACGGCGUGUGCUGCUGCGAAGGCCUUCAGCAGGCGCCUCACGACCGUCCGCGACGCCUUCACCGUCGAGGGCGUCUUCGGGACGCACCAAUGCCUCGUCAUGGACGUGCUUGGGGCUAGCGUCGACCGCGCGAUCAACGAGGCGCACCUCGACGGCUUCCCUUCCGCUGUCGCACGCUCCAUUAUGCGCGCAAGCCUGCAGGGACUGGUGUUGCUCGCCGCCUGCCACCUUGUUCACACGGACAUGAAGCCGGAGAACCUGUUCUUCACAGACGUCGAGGCCGACGUCGCGGAAGAGAUGCGCACUUUCCAGUCCGCGCAGCUGCGUGCGGGUCAGCGCAAAGGUCUCUGCACCAGCCUCACGCACCGGAGUACGGCGACAUCCGUGAUGACGGAGAGGCAAGAAGUGGCCACGCACGAGCAGCAGCAGCACCAUGGCGAUGGCGGCACGGGGGAGCAUGCGGGAGUUGGUCAACGCAGCCCCUCCUCUGCCCCCUCACUGCCUAAUCACACAAGCGUCGACGAAGUGGCGGCUGACCUGCACACCGUCCACGCUGCCAACGCAGCCGAUGUGGGUACGUCAGGCAAUUUCUUCGCCUCGUCAGUCACCGCCCUCCGCGCUGUCGCCGUCGGCCAUGAUACGCUGCACAGCAGCCAAGACACCAGCGCCCAGGUGUCACGCCGGCCCAGCCUCGCACACACGCCGACCCGGCGCCGGUCAGCGUACGAUGUGCGCCUGUCUGGCCUUGGGCUGGCGCUUGUCGUUCCACCGUCCUUGCGACUCGGGGUGCGUGUGCUAAACAACUACGCCGCCCGUGCCGCCGACGGUAGCGGCAUGACGGUCGACGAGCUUGUGUGCCAGGAUCCACUGAGGCAACUGCACUGGCUGUGCGCGCAGCAGCAGGCGCGCCUCUUGCGCCUUCCUGGCGACGACGACGACGGUGACGACGAGGGCUUGUGUACCGUCGCGGAGCCGUGGAGGGAGGAGCGAUGGAGAGUCGCUGGGACGGGUGCGCCGGCAGAGUCCCCACCACUACCGAUCCUGGACAGCGGCAUGAAUGAGGACUUCAUCGACGAGGCAGAGCUACGCGCACUGGAGCUGCAGGAGCUGCCAAGGCGCGACGCCGAUGGCGACCGGUCUGCGGCGGGCAUGGCGGUCGACGAAUACGAAGAGGCAGGCGUGGCGGACUUUGUCGGCGUGCCAGCCGUCGGCGAAGCCGACGCGGACCACCCCCACGCCACUGCCGCAGCAGCAGCAGCACAUCAGCGGACCACCGUCACCACGGCGGACGUUGGGGUAGUGGAGGGGAUGCUGCCGCCACCACCGCCGCCGGCCACAUUGCGAACAGCGAGCGCUGCCACUCGUGCAGGUGGCGGUCCAAGAACACCGUUGACCGCAGCGAAGCGAGGGCUUUUCGCCCAGUGCUUCCAUGAAGGCUUGGCCACCCCGCGGUACCCAGCAACGGUGCCCACCCCCUUCGAGGGCGUCGCUGCGGCACCAGCAGGUGCGGCGGCGGAAGCGGCAACAGCCCUGCGACGCCUCGAGUGCGAGAUUGUUCGCAACCAGAACUAUCGCCGCGGCGCCGUCAUGCAGAGUCGCGAGUACCGCGCGCCAGAGGUGCUGCUCGGCAACUUUGUGCUGCCCGCGUGCGACAUUUGGUCGAUGGGCUGCAUCGCCUACGAGCUGGUGAGCGGGCGCUUCCUCUUCGACUGCAUCGUGGACCGUGAGCGCUUCGCGACGGCACUGUCGUCGCAACAGCAGCAGCGACAAGGAAGGGAGGGGUGUCACGCCACCGACGACGACGAAGAUGCGCAGCAGCGCCGCGACAAGUGGGACGGGCGGCCCAUCUACCUCGAGGACACGGAGCAGGACCUGGACGUGUUUCACCUAAAGGCAAUCAUGCGGCUUCUCGGGCCACCGCCGGUGAGCUUCUUGCGUCAGCAGCCGAUUGGGCUCUUCGUCGACGACUUCUUCGACGACCACGGCGACUUCCGCUUCUGGGAACGUGGCGAGGCCGAGGAGGCUGGCACGCGUUUGGCAGACCCGUACCGCCAGCUGGAGCUGGCGCACUGGGCGGAGGCAAGUCGGGUUUCCGGGGCAAGCGGCGCUGCGGCCUCUGGUGCUGGUCAGCAGCAAAACGCGCCUCUGCCCCAAAGACCCAGCGGCGUGGCCACAUCGCUGGGCACCGACCCUCCACGCGCAUCCCUCGCUGCCUCGGUAGGGCAGCACGGCGCAUCGGCCCAGGCGCGGCGCGACCCACAGGACACGAUGAACUACCCCAUCCGGACACCAGACUGGCAAAAUGUGCAGGCGAUCCUGCGCGAGAAGCUCGGCUCCGCUGAGGAGGCGGCGGACUUCGAGGUGUUCCUCAGCCGCUGUCUCCAGUGGGACCCGGCGCGGCGGGCCACGGCGGCCGAGCUUCUCGCCGACAAGUGGCUCGUCAAGUACAGCGGCGUCGUGGGGGACGCGAGUGAGAGCGACGUGGCGGCGGAGGAGGAGGGCGGUGUCGACUCCGACGAGGCAGAGCGGCAGGUGUAG